GGAGAAGAGCUUCCGGGAACAAGCAAUCUCCAGCCUGAGAUUGAUUCCAUCAGUAAAACUCAAACCCCUCUAUGUGCGCAGGUGCUGAGUUCCAACUUGCCCACGAGUGUGGCUUUGUUCCAAAUGCAUCCCAAGUAUCUUAAAACCCUAUGAACUUCAGAUCCUUGUCUUGCGCAAGCCAUGCAUAAGGAAUAUUCUGCAUCGUAUUCUGUUGAUGGAGUAGACGAUCACGACGACACGAACCUUCUUGAUAGCAAUACAGAAUCAAGACCUCUUCCCAGAUCCCGCCCCCUUCGCUGGUCGCCAUGGCUAAGCCAUGGUGUGCUGAUGUUCAUAACGAUGAUGUUCUUCGUGCUAUGGGCACGGGCGCCAUCCAUCGAUGACGUGGUUCUGUACUCUCCAGCAAACGAGGCGAUCGAAUCCAUCGGUAUUGUACGAUUCAAUGGAACUCUGGGCACCCCUUCUAUAUAUCGUGGCAGUCCGUCUCCAGAAAUUGAUGCUGCUUGGGAUAGGAUAUCUUUUAAUGUGCGUCCAAUCCGUAUGACGCUUGAGCAACUUCUCAGAACAGGGGAGAAGCCCUCUCCCGUCAUGGCUAGGUAUCCGGAGGAAUACGGUGGAGGUUACAUGACAACCGUGGAAUUCAUUCACCAGCUCCAUUGCAUAGACAUGCUUCGCAGAGCCAGCUGGGGUGAUAAAUACUCGGAUCAUGACGACCAUGAUACCCCCGAAGACUACCGCAUUCAUCUCGACCACUGCAUUGAAAUACUCAGGCAGAACGUUAUGUGUCGUGGCGACGUAACAAUGCUCACUUACGACUGGGUGGAGGGAGUCGAAGAUCCUUUUCCUAACUUCAACACUCCUCACCGAUGCAGAAACUUCGAGAAAGUUUUGAAUUGGGUUGAUGAGCAUCGUGUUUUUGUCCCUAAAUCCAAGAUGGUACGCUUUGAGGAUAACGUGGACCUGCCUUCCCCUCCUUGAUUGCAGUCUCGAAAUAUUUUCUCCCAAUGAUGGCUCUCGCGUUACGCGUAGAUCACGAUAUGACACAUGUAGCAAAACAAUUUACAAAUAUCCUUGAAAAUGUUGCAAAGUCAGAUG